CGGUUCACACCCCCGUCUCUGGCAGAAGGAUUACAGCUGCUGUUUUGAGGGGACUGUCGGCUCGCUGUCAGCUCCUGAUCUCUGCUCCUGUUCCUGGCGCUGACGGCAAGGAGAUGAGCUUCUUGUUUGGCGGUCGCUCUUCGAAAACUUUCAAGCCAAAAAAGAGUAUUCCAGAGGGGUCACACCAGUACGAGCUACUAAAGCAUGCCGAAGCCACCUUGGGUAGUGGAAACCUGCGGAUGGCGGUUAUGCUUCCGGAAGGGGAAGAUCUCAAUGAGUGGGUUGCUGUGAACACCGUGGAUUUCUUCAACCAGAUCAAUAUGCUUUAUGGAACAAUUACAGAUUUUUGCACAGAAGAGAGCUGCCCUGUAAUGUCUGCUGGACCAAAGUAUGAGUACCACUGGGCAGAUGGAACGAAUAUUAAGAAACCCAUUAAGUGCUCUGCUCCCAAGUACAUUGAUUACCUGAUGACAUGGGUACAAGACCAGCUCGAUGAUGAGACCCUCUUCCCAUCCAAAAUAGGUGUCCCCUUUCCAAAGAACUUCAUGUCUGUAGCAAAGAUUAUACUUAAGCGUCUUUUCAGAGUUUAUGCCCACAUUUACCACCAGCACUUUGAUUCCGUCAUUCAGCUCCAGGAAGAGGCCCAUCUGAAUACUUCAUUUAAGCACUUUAUUUUUUUCGUUCAGGAAUUCAACUUAAUUGACAGAAGAGAGCAAGCUCCUCUGCAAGAAUUAAUUGAGAAGCUCACUUCUAAAGACAGAUAAGAUCCUGGCUUGAUGAGCACAGACACCUCCAUUUGAAACAAGCUGUUUUCUUAUCCCGGUUUUAUCCAUAGCAGCCAAAAUAUAUAUAUGUGUAUAUAUAUAUAUUUUGUGUGAGUGCUUAUAUCAAGGGAACAUUGUUAUUUUUCUUGCUGCCUAGUGAUUCAAGUUGAUUGUCAGUUUUCUUUCUACAUAACCUAUUUUGGAUGGAGGAGAAAAGGAUACGUAAACUCCACAAACCUUAACCCUUAAAUGCACUGAAGGGGUUAUUAAGUAUAAUGUGCCUAUCCGGACUACUCUUGGCCAUAGCUUCAUAACGGCAACACCGCUGCAUUUGAA